UCUCAGGAACCAGCAGCAUCGAAAACACGACCACGACCACAUUCAAACGCUGCACCACCUGCAUCUUCCCUCCCUUCGUCAACAGACCGUUCGACCGUUGACGCAACCCCUGCAGUCAGGAACAGUCGCUAUCACACUACCAUUCACUUAUUCACACUCCGAGGCGUCUUUUAAGAAAAGGGCUGAUUCUGUGCAGCCCUAUGUAAAAAGACCAUGGCCUCUGCAUCGCCCAUAACCCUCUCCCGCUUGACCAGUGAUCUCAAAGCAAGUCUUCACAGGGAAAAAGCUAGGAACCUAAGCACCCAGAACUUGAGGAACUACGUCACACUCACUUCCAGAGAACUUUCAGGAGAAGACUUGACCAAGUUCUAUCAGGAGAUCAAUGGAAUCAUCAGGACGCUAGUGGGGAGCAUUGACAACGAUGACAAGCUAUGUGGAGCCCUUAUUAUCGACAAUUUGAUUGGAAUCGAGGAUGAGGACAACACGGCUCAAGAGACCCGCUUCGCCAACUAUCUACGGCAACUGUUUCCAUCGGAUGUUCCAACAAUGACUGUGGCAGCUAGGGCAUUGGGAAAGCUGGCGCAGCAAGGAGGACCGUUCACCGCUGAUUUCGUCGAAUUCGAGCUGACAAGGGCAAUCGAAUGGCUAGCAGGAGAUAGGCAAGAGGCACGUCGCCAUGCAAGUGUGCUAGUGCUUGCAGAACUGGCGCGACAUGCCAAUGUCAUUGUCUAUCCAUAUGUCGAGACCAUCCUGAACAACCUUUGGGGAGCAAUGCGCGAGCACAAGCAAGCCAUUCGAGAGGCGGCAGCAGAUACCCUGAGCGCUGUUUUGGUGCUCAUUUCAGAUCGUGCCAGCUCACAAAACCAACAAAACACUAGUUGGUACAGCAGGAUCCAUCAAGAAGCGACGAGAGGAUUGCGGAUAGCGUCCCCGGAAAGCAUUCACGGAUCGUUGCUGAUAUUCAGGGAGUUGACUCUUCACGCGAACAUGUUCAUCUACGAGCGAUUUACUGCUACAUGCGAAACAGUUAUGGGGCUUAAAGAAUACAAGGACAGCCUUAUCAGGAGGACGGUCAUGGAGCUCUUGUCUGUGCUAGCGGCGUAUGAUCCAGUAGACUUCAUUAAGCACUAUCUAUAUAGGGCUAUGCAUCAUCUUCUUGCCCAGCUCCAGUUCGAAAAGGACCGAAAGACCGCUAACGAUAUGGAGAGAUCUAUGGCGUUUGUGGCCAUUGGAAAGCUGGCGCUCAUUGCAAAGCAGGACAUGGAGGACUACCUUAUUGGCAUCAUGCAAUGCAUCAAAGACGGGCUGCGGAUAAAAAGUAAAACUCGAGCAACAACAGAUGCACCGAUUUUCAGCUGCAUCAGCAUGUUAGCUCGAUCUGUUGGCCAGGCAUUGCAGUAUCAUCUUGGGGAGCUAUUGGAUUUAAUGCUAGCUACAGGGCUCAGCGAACCUAUGUGCCAAUCUCUGACGGAUCUGUCGACCUAUAUCCCCCAUUCGUUACCGGGGAUACAAGAGCGCCUUCUCAACAUGAUUUCCUUGAUCCUCAGCGGAAAACUAUACAGGGCGCCAGGGGCACCUCAACCCAAGAAGAAUAUUCACAAUCGCAUCAGCUCCUACUUUCAAGAUCUACCAAAUGUGGAAACCGUCAUUCUCGCACUCAAGACAUUGGAUUCGUUCAACUUUUCAGGACACAUGCUGAACGAGUUUGUACGGGAUUCCUGUAUCAUAUACCUAGACGACGAGAACGCAGGAAUCCGUCGCGCCGCUGCUCAGACCUGUUGCCAUUUGUUCGCCCGUGAUCCCAUCAUCUUCCAGAUAAGUGCUCAUGCCGUUCAGGUGGUGAACGAGGUCCUCGAGAAACUACUGCUGGUUGGAAUAGCAGACCCAGAUGCGACGAUACGUCAAGCCAUCUUAACCUCACUGGACGAACGCUUCGAUCGCCACCUCGCCAAGGCAGAAAAUGUGCGCUCGCUUUUCAUUGCCCUGAACGACGAGACCUUUGUUAUUCGAGAGCUCGCUAUCACCAUCCUGGGACGCAUUACUGCUUUCAAUCCUGCCUAUGUCAUACCGCCUCUCAGGAAGAUUCUCAUCCAGCUUUUGACUGAGAUCGAGUACUCUGGAAUAGUGCGGAACAAGGAGGAGAGUGCACGCCUCCUAACUUUGCUGGUGAUGGCAUCUGAAGAUCUUGUCAGGCCAUACAUCGACACGAUUUUAAUGGUGCUUCUGCCUAACAUCAAAGACAGUAGUCCUGGCGUUGUCUCCAGCGUCCUUCAGGCACUAGGAGAAAUUGCUCGUGUCGGCGGCGAGGCUCUCUUACCAUACAUGGAUCGACUCAUGCCGAUGUUUAUCGAAGUUCUUCAGGACCAAAGCUCCCCCAUCAAACGCAGUGCCGCCCUGACUGCCCUCGGUCGUCUAGCCAGUAACACCGGCUAUGUGAUUGAUCCAUACUUGAACUAUCCCAUUCUUUUGGACAUCUUAAUGUCCAUCAUCAAGACCGAGCAAUCUGUUAGGAUUCGCCAGGAGACCGUAAAGCUUAUUGGUGUGCUCGGCGCUCUUGAUCCAUAUCGACACAAGCAAUUGGUCAUAAAAUCUGGCGACUUAAACCAGACAGAUAAAUCGGAAAACGCGGACGUCACUCUUCUAAUGUCGGGCGUAGACCCCUCCUCAGAUGAGUACUACCCCACGGUUGUAAUCAACGCGCUGCUUAAAAUUUUGAAGGACCCAUCUUUGAGCCAGCAGUAUCAACCUGCUACACAGGCGAUCCUCAACAUCUUUAGCUCGCUUCAACUCAAAAUGGUUCCUUUCCUGCCACAGGUCAUGCCGGUGUAUCUUUCCAUCAUGCAGUCAGGGAAUGUGCAGAACCUAGACUUUUAUUUUGAGAAGAUGGGAGUACUCGUUCAGAUUGUAACACUACAUAUCCGGCCAUAUAUACCCGACCUCUUCGAGCUUAUUGAGGAUAACUGGAGCCAUACUCGCCUGCAAGAGCGGAUCAUCGGACUAAUAGAGAGUGUCGCCAUUUCACUCGAUGGAGAAUUUAAGGCGAACAUGCCCAAACUCCUUCGCUCUAUGCUGGCAGUGCUGGAUUCGGACAUGUCAGAGAGACAUGGUGCUUCACUCCGUGUCCUGCAGGCAUUUGUCCGUUUGGGCUCAAAUGUGGAGGAAUAUAUGCACUUGAUCAUUCCAGCUCUCGUCAAGACGUUUGAGAGAACCGAUGCCCCUAUAAACCUCCGAAGAGCAGCCAUCAGCACGAUCGGAGCCCUUUCAAGGAGGAUCGACUUUUCAGACUACGCAUCCAGGAUCAUUCAUCCGCUGGCAAGGAUUUUGGCACUGCCUGGACAGGAGCUACGUACUGUUACCAUGGAUGUGCUGUGUUUGCUUGUCGUUCAGCUCAAGGAGGACUAUGUUGGAUUUGUACCGCUUGUGAACAAGGUGCUGGUUCGAGAACGUAUCAACCACGACAAUUAUAACCUCGUAGUGUCAAAACUGAUGAGCCGGGAGCCCCUUCCAUCGCCAUCAGAACUAACUGGUAUGGGAGACGAUCGCUACGUUGUCGCCACAGAUGUACCGCAGGCUUUAUCCGAUAAUAGGGCACUGCCAGUCAACCCGGUUGCUUUACGACGAGCCUGGGACACCACAUCUCGUUCGACUAAGGAGGAUUGGGCCGACUGGAUUCGUCGCCUGACCUUGGAAAUGUUGAAGGAGACGCCAUCGCAUUCUCUUCGAGCCUGUGCAGACAUGGCCAACUCGUUCCAACCUCUCGCCAGAGAACUUUUCAACUCAGCCUUCAUGUCAUGUUGGACUUCGCUAACCGAGCAGUUUCAGACUGAAUUCGCUGCAGCGAUCAGGACAGCUCUAGUUGCCAAGAAUAUUUCACCCGAGAUCAGACAGACGCUGCUGAACAUGGCCGAGUACAUGGAGCAUGACGACAAACCCCUUCCAAUCGAAAUCAGCACUCUCGGGAAGUAUGCCUUCAGCUGUCACGCCUUCGCGAAGGCAUUGCAUUACAAUGAGCUAGAGUUUAUGACAAAUCACUCAACAGCCAGUAUUGAGAGCCUUAUCAGCAUCAACAACUGCCUUCAGCAACCCGACGCCGCAGCGGGGAUCCUCACCUAUGCCCAACGGCAUCAUGACAUCGAGUUGAAGGAGUCGUGGUAUGAGCGUCUUCACAGGUGGGAGGAUGCGCUGGCGGCAUAUAACAAGAAACAGGUGGAGAGUCCAGAUGAUCUGCUACUGACACUCAAGCGCAUGCGCUGUCUACAUGCCCUUGGGGAGUGGGACUCACUCUCGUUGCUGGCGCAGGAAUCGUGGGGCCGUGCUCCAUCCGAAUUAAGACGUAGUAUGGCACCCUUUGUUGCGGCGGCUGCCUGGGGCUUGGGACAAUGGGAGCUGUUGGACGAAUACAUAUCGUUCAUCCAGGACGAGUCGGCGGAUCGCGCCUUCUUCAAAGCCAUCCUCGCACUCCACCGGGGUCAGUUUAACAAGGCAGAGGAGCAGAUCGAAAACACACGCACGCUGUUGGAUACCGAAUUGACGGCCCUCGUGAGUGAGAGUUACAGCCGCGCAUAUAACAUUGUCGUCCGGGUACAGAUGAUGGCCGAGCUGGAGGAGAUUAUAUCAUACAAGCGGUAUGAACACCAACCCGAUCGUCAGGCAACCAUUCGCAAGACUUGGAUGAAGCGCAUUCUUGGAUGUGAACGAAAUAUCGAGAUCUGGCAGAGAGUGAUCAAGGUCCAUGCAAUGGCUUUGACACCUGCUGAGGACAUGGAGCUGAGGAUUAAGUUUAUGAAUUUGUGCCGCAAGUCAGGUCGUCUGCGACUGGCAGAGCAGGCCAUGGUGUCGUUGGUGGGGCGCAAGACUGCAGAUAUGGGUUUCACAGAGAUGAUACAGGUUACUCCGCCGCAAGUUGUUUACGCGAAACUGAAGUACAUGUGGGCGACUGGUGUGCGGGAACAAACGCUGGAGUGCCUUCGACUGUUCACGGACCGACUGGCAUCUGACCUGGGUUUGGGACUGGCGGAGACGAAUGGCUCAGCACUCACCGGUGUCAACCAAGCCCAUGGGUCGGAUGAGGACUAUUCGCGUUUGCUAGCGCGUUGCUAUCUGAAACAAGGAGAGUGGCAGUUUGCACUGCAAUAUGGCUGGACUCCUGAAUCGAUCGACUACAUCUUACUGCCAUAUUCGCAUGCAAAGAACCUUGACAAGACCUGGUACAAGGCGUGGCACACCUGGGCUCUGGCCAAUUUUGACGUCAUUUCAUUCUACGAGCGAAACGGCCCCGCUAAUGCCAACCAAGCCCUAUCCUACGUGAUCCCCUCGGUUACUGGCUUCUUCAAAUCCAUCGCACUGUCUGCUGGAAACUCUUUGCAAGAUACGCUCAGACUCUUGACGCUUUGGUUCAAGUACGGCCAUCGACCAGAUGUCAGCGCAGCACUCGCCAAAGGAUUCCCCACCGUGAAUAUUGAUACCUGGCUGCAGGUCAUCCCACAACUGAUCGCUCGCAUCCAUGCCCCGAGCCAGAACGUACAUCGGUUGAUCCAUCAGCUAUUGGCGGACGUCGGAAAAGCCCAUCCGCAGGCGCUAGUCUAUUCUCUCAAUGUCGCCUCAAAAUCACCGAGUGUGUUCAGAAAGAAUGCGGCUCUAGCCAUCAUGGAGAAGAUGCGGUUGCACAGCCCUGUCUUGGUCGACCAGGCUUCGAUGGUCAGUCAGGAGCUGCUUCGUGUCGCGAUCUUGUGGCACGAGAUGUGGGAGGAUGGGCUUGAUGAGGCCUUGACCUUGAAUUACCAGGGCGGCAAGAAUAAUAUCGACACCAUUCUUGCAGUCUUGGAUCCACUUCACAAGAUGAUUAUGAAGCGGCCAGAGACAUUACAUGAAGCUUCAUUCGCGAAAGCAUUUGGAGAUGACUUGAAAGAGGCUUAUAAUUGCUGCACGCGAUUCCGUCAGAAGCGAGAUGUCAACGAGUUGAACGACGCCUGGGAUAUUUAUCUUCGAGUCUUGAGCCGUAUCAGGAAGCUGCCGAAAUUGAGCACGCUAGAUAUGCCCUAUGUGUCCCCUCAGCUUCAAAAUGCAAGGGACCUGGAACUUGCUAUCCCAGGAACGUACAAGAGUGGCGAACCCGUCAUCAAGAUCUCUUCGUUCGUACAAGUCCUGGAUGUUAUGAGCACGAAGCAGAAGCCGCGACGUUUGGCGAUGCGUGGUAGCGAUGGCCGCGAAUACGCCUUUUUGCUGAAGGGACAUGAGGAUCUAAGGCAGGACGAGCGCGUGAUGCAGUUGUUCGGCCUAGUCAACACGUUGUUGACUGCAGAUCCGGAAACAUUUAAGCGGCAUCUCGGCAUCAUCCGGUUCUCUGUAAUCCCACUAUCGCCUAAUUCUGGUCUUAUUGGGUGGGCCCCAGAAACGGAUACACUGCACAAUCUGAUCAGGGAUUACCGCGAAAGCCGAAAGCUGUCGUUUUACAUCGAGCAUCAGCUUUUGACCCAGAUGGCCCCUGAGAAGGGCUAUGACUCGUUGACGGUUAUGCAGAAGGUGGAGGUGUUUGAGAAUAUGCUGGACAAGACCGCUGGAGAUGAUCUGUACAAGAUUCUGUGGCUCAAAAGUCGGAACUCUGAGGUCUGGUUCGAGAGACGGACGAACUUCACUCGUAGUUUGGCGGUGAUGUCGAUGGUAGGACACAUCUUGGGUCUUGGAGAUCGACAUCCAUCCAACAUGAUGAUGGACAGAAACACGGGAGACAUUGUUCAUAUCGACUUUGGAGACUGCUUCGAAGUCGCGAUGCAUCGGCCCCAGUUCCCGGAGAGAAUUCCCUUCCGUCUGACAAGGAUGUUGGUCAAGGCGAUGGAGGUGAGCGGGAUCGAGGGUAGCUUCAGGAAUACCAGCGAGAAUGUAAUGAGAGUGCUGCGGGAGAACAAGGAGAGCGUUAUGGCAGUUCUGGAGGCCUUUGUCCAUGACCCCCUUAUCAACUGGAGGAUCUUGCAGCCCAGUCCUCGUCAACAGGCGUCCACGGCGCAAGGACGUAAUAGCAUGGUUCAAGAAUCGUACCCUAAAGAUCAAGCUCGAAGCUUGAGGCGACCGCUUCCAAGUGAGCAAGAACUUGUCAGCGAUAGUUCCGAAUUGGAGGCGCAGCCGGAACAGUUGAACGAGCGCGCGGUGACCAUUCUGAACAGAGUGACCAACAAGUUGACAGGACGAGACUUUAAUCCGGAAGAGACGCUCGAUGUCCCUUCGCAAGUCGAAAAAUUGAUACGACAGGCGACCUCGACCGAGAACUUGUGCCAGUGCUGGGUCGGAUAUUGUGCCUUUUGGUAGUCGGCUGUUGUACUGCUGCUAUCACAAAAGAAUAUUACUAUUACAUUUUUCGUUAUUUUUUAUUUCUUCAGACGUGUACUUUGAGGAUAUACUUUCAGUCGCCUCAUAUUGUUCAGCUCUUCUCUUUCCUUUUUCUUUUUCACUGUCCAAUUGUCAACCGAGUUGUCUAUCAUACAUGUAGCAUGUAAAGUAUAAUUUUAGCCGCCAUACAAUUUCUCCCAUUUUAAUUGAGGCAAGGUCCAUGUGUACGCGAUUACUUUUGUGACUCUAAAUUAGCGAUGGCCCUUCAGUGUUU